CUCUGGGGCCCGUUUAAAAAGCGCAGGAUUUCCGCUUUCGCUCCUUUCCGGCGGUGACGGCCUCCCCGCGCGAACAUGCCUCUCGCCAAAGACCUCCUGCAUCCGUCCCCCGAGGAGGAGAAGCGGAAACACAAGAAGAAGCGGCUGGUGCAGAGCCCCAACUCCUAUUUCAUGGAUGUGAAGUGCCCAGGAUGCUAUAAAAUCACCACCGUCUUCAGCCACGCACAGACGGUGGUCCUCUGCGUCGGCUGCUCCACCGUCCUCUGCCAGCCCACGGGGGGAAAGGCCCGGCUCACAGAAGGAUGCUCCUUCCGGCGAAAGCAGCACUGAGUCCCCUCCCCCCCCCCGGAGCCCUGGGCGGCGGGUGAAGGCAGCGUCCCUCCCCUUGGGCCGACCGACGUGGCCGUCGCCGGGGGGAGGGGAGGAGGGGCCCCCCUGCCCACCUGCUGUCAAUAAAUUUUGGAUAAAAGCUGA